AUGCGUCUGUAUCCGCCGUACAUAUCCGUAUACGGGUACCAAAAUCCAUGUCCAUUACCAAGUCUGGGAGAGACAAACCUCCCCGUCUUGGACUCCGUCUUUGCGAGGAGUUUUGUCUUGACGAUGUUUUGUCUGGAAGGUGUUUUGCCCUUUUCUUUUGGAUUAAUAGGACAAACCCCGUCUUCGACUUUGUCUUUGCGCGGAGUUUUGUCUGGACGGUGGUUUUGUCCCGUAACGCUCUUUUUUUGGAUUAAACUUUAA